UUGCUUGACACACUAAGAUUGACAAGGUAGAACCCUAUUGGUCACUAAAAUGCUCAGCCGGUUAAUACAUUCACCUUUCAAUUUGAUAAAUUAUUUAUGUUUAAAAAGAGUAUUUUCAGCUUUGACUCACGUCUUUCAGAAUAUCUCAAUAGUACAGAAGGAGAAGAUGAAUCAAUCAUAAAAGGAAACAUCAAUAAUAAUGAAUUCAUAAAAUGUUCAUUACCUACGUGGCGGCAACCCUCGUGAUACCGCCUUGACCUAACUCUCACGACCUGCGCCUCGCCCCGUACCAGCACACCUCCCUGGAAGCCUAUCAGUCACUCGUUCAGUCGCAUAGCCUCACACUCUUCAGUAGUCAGUAGCCUGUCGUCAGUUGUGUUGGUGACAGCAAAGGAGCCACAGCCGUCAUCACAACUCCUCUUCGCCAGUCGCAAUGAGCCCCGCCACAAGGCCCGGCCUCUCCGCCACUCGACAACUCCUGUUCAGAUGUCCAGAAUGUGACUACGUCUGCAACAAAAAGGGCAAUCUGAAGCGACACUUUCGAUCUGUCCACGAGGAGAGGAAGGAGUCGUUUUGCUGCGGGAAACUCUUCACCACCACGGCAGCCAUUCGUCUUCACCAGAAAACGGUGCACGGGAACGGCUACUGCUGUCCAACUUGCUCCAUGAUCUUUGACAGGAAGGUCAGCCUUUGGAGGCACCGCUUUACACACACCGCAGAAAAACCUCUCCAGUGUGCCUGUUGCUCUUACAAGACCUGCAGCAAGUAUAACCUCCAACGACAUGUCAGACUGAGGCAUUCCACAGUGCGCAAGCCAAAAGCCAGUGGUCGUUCACAGCAGCCACAGGCCUCGGUCUCCACCUCCCAGCCAGAGCGUCACGACCUUGCACCACAAUUGGAGCCUCACGCCCCUGCACCACAACCGGAGCCUCACGCCCCUGCACCACAACCGGAGCCUCACGCCCCUGCACCACAACCGAAGGCUCACGCCCCUGCACCACAGUUAGAGUCUCACGCUUCUGUUCCACAACAGGAGCCUCACGCCCCUGCACCACGACCGGAGGCUCACGCCCCUGCACCACUACCGGAGACUCACGCUUAUGAACCACAACCGGAGCCUCACGCCCCUGCACCACAACCGGAGUUGCGAAAGGAGAUGCCAGCAGCCCAUGAUGUUCCACACCAGCCUGUCCCACUUCACCACACGCAAUGGUUUCCGGCACAGCAGCCAGGCCUCAACUACCACAGGACAGAGGAGACUCACCACUCCCUCGAACAAGUCUCACAAUGGCCUACCCCGCCUGCAGAGGACCCUGAGGACCAACCACUUCUGUGGCACCAAGAAGUUCCGUUAGAUCUGACUUUUCGAAAAUAUACGCAAGGAGACAUCAACGCAGCGCAGAGGCCAUUCCCGGGCUCUUAUUACCAGUGGCUGCCAGAAACACAGGCGCAGCCCGCUUCUCAUGGUUGGAUGGCGUACCCAUGGCCACCGCCUCUCUACCACCAAGCUCUCUUUCCUGCAGCCGGCAGCCAUUGGCAUUCUCACGCCGUCCCACACUACACCCAACACCUACCAAACUAUACCCACGCAACAGUGGCUACCCACCACAGCCACGCAGCAACAGCGGCCCACCUCAGCCAUGCAGCAACAGCCGCCCACCACAGCCAUGCAGCAAUACCCGCCCACCACCGCCACGCAGCAACAGUCGCCCACCACAGCCAUGCAGCAACAGUCGCCCACCACAGCCACGCAGCAACAGUCACCCAUCACAGCCACACAGCAGCAGCAGCCGCCCGCCACAGCCGCUAUUCCGGGUCUGAAUCAGGCGCCCAGGAAUGGCACCUUUUGCAUGAAGGGGCUUUGCAGGAGGAGCGUCUCGUCCACUCUCAUUCUGGUGCAGUGUUGCAGUCCAGGCCUUCCCCAGUUGGAGAAAACCAAGCACAAUACCCUCCGUCAAGUCCCGCCUCCCUGGAGCAGAGCGGCGGCGAGAGCCCAAAACAUCAGGGCGCUACUUACGCUGACAUGGAUCCUUCACCUUCAGGCUUCCAGGAAAAAGAUCCUGUACCACCUCAGCAGAGCCCUCCCCAGCCCGGUGCAGGCGCCCACCACCACCCUCAGGUUGCAGUAUCGCUUUGGCAAGGUUGGGCAUAGCUUGUCGCGCCAGGCUCACACCGCAACUCAUCUGAUGGCAGCAGCAACAACAGUGAUUACAUUGAAGACUAGUGGCGUGAAGCACGUGAUGAUGACGAAGUCUGCAUAGAGUUCUCCUGUCGUCACU